AUGUGCGUGGAAAGGCUUAUCAAAGCAGGUGUUGUAAAAUUUGAUGAUACACCUGGUACAGGAAAUCUAUUGCCCAGUCAUACUGAUAAAGGGGUAAACGCCAUAAUUGAGAAUAUGGGGAGAAAAGUCAAGCUGAAUAUCGCAGAGGUGAGAACCCCAUUGAAGCUAGUUUGGAAGGAAAUACAGAAGAGAGGUUUAGCCCUGCAGGGGCUGGGGGAUAAAAUCCAGGAUACAUGGAACUACUGUGAGUUCCAUAAUGAGAAAUAUCACGAGAUCCAGAAUUGUAUUGAGUUCAGGGCCCUAGUACAGGGUCUAAUGGAUAAUAAAGAAUUGGAGUUCCUCGAGUCUGUCGAAGAGGGGGAUGUAUGCUCUCUAGGAGGGCAGUCAAGUGAAGAAGGCUGCAGAGCCAGCCGUCUAGUGAUAAUUAUUUCGAAGCCCAGAAUUAGUGAAGUAGAAGAAAGAGUUACACCAAGAGUUAUAAUCCGGAAGCCAACAGCUUCCCCUUAUAAAGAUAGUCAUAGGGUGCCUUGGAAUUAUAAUUGUAGUAUAGAAGUUUUAGAGAAGGAGGGUUCGAUUAGCACGCCAAACACAGAACCCGAACCAGCAAAAGGGAAACCCGUCAUGCUCAAGAAAGAAGUAGAGAGAUCAGAACCACUGGUUAAUGAGCCAGUAAUGGAAAAUGAAGCCAAGGAGUUCUUGAAGUUCCUAAGACACAACGAGUAUAGUGUCCACCGCAACGCAUUGACGAAAGUGUUGAACGAAACCUAUGUUGCGGAUGACAUUUCGGUUAACAAAUUGGAUCGUCUCAUCGGCAACAUAAGCGCUGACAAUUUUAUCUCCUUCAGCGAUGAUGAGAUACCGCCAAGGGGUAAGGGGUCUACUAAGGCUCUGCAUGUCACUACACAUUGCAAGGGGUAUACGCUACCCGGAGUACUAGUUGAUAAUGGGUUCACAUUGAACGUAUUGCCUUGGGCUACGUUAAACCAUUUACCUAUAGACAGUUCCCAUAUGAAGACGUGUCAGAACAUAGUAAGAGCAUUUGAUGGCAUAGAAAGGAAAGUAAUGAGAAAGAUAGAGGUACCUCUUCAGAUUGGCCCAAACACGUACGAGGUAGAUUUUCUCGUGAUGGAUAUUAAGCCCUCCUAUAACUGUCUAUUAGGAAGACCUUGGGUUCACUCAGCUGGGGCAGUGCCAUCCUCACUGCACCAGAAGCUAAAGAUGGUUACUGAGGGACGGCUAAUAACAAUAAAUGCGGAGGAGGACAUUAUUGCGUUAGUUACCAGUGAUGCACCCUACGUAGAGAAUGACAACGAAGCGGUUGAAUGUUUAUUUCGAUCGUUAGAGUUUGUAAACGCAACGUUUAUAGCUGAAGGAAGCAGGAUUCCCGAUACCUAA